GUCAAUGCUCUCACGUCGCACACACCAGCACGCUGGUGGUUCUCAGGUAAAUGUGACGUCAUACGAUACUUUUGAACUCCCUGGCAGUAAAUCCAUAAAGGUGUGUAGCCUCGUCUUAACGGCUCAGGUAGUCCUAAUAAGCCUGGACCUUAGACUGAAGUGAAAACAGAACGCCAGAGCCUGCUGGGUAUAAACAAGGAGGCCUAACAUGCGCGAAACGGUCUGAGUCAUCGAGGUCUACCUGAGUCACCCAAAUUUACCUGUCGGGCCAGGACACCGGUAUGUUCAACUCACAGCCGGCCAGACACCCGGCUCAGACGCUGUCACUGAACAGUCAGUACAUUCCGCCUUCGUAUGACUUCUCCGGCUACCAUCACUUCCCGGGAAUCGGUGACCCGUCGACAAGUGCCUGGAACCCGGUCUAUUCCCGGGAGGAGUAUCCGUACAGCUUGCCGGGGUCAAGCCCCAGUGCCGGACAGGUCAACUUCUCCUCCCCGGAGCUGAGCUGUACACCCACCGCCACUGGAGGGGGAUCGUUCACCCCGUACAACUUUAUCUCCGGACAGGAUCCCUUCAGCUCCAGGAGGAGACCGCAUGAACCCGUCAAAUCUCCCGUUUUAGGAGGGAAGACUCGCACGAAGGACAAGUACAGGGUGGUGUACACUGACCACCAAAGGCUGGAGCUGGAGAAGGAGUUUCAGCAAAACAGCUACAUCACCAUGAGGAGGAAGACCGAGCUGUCUUUAGCACUGGGCCUCUCUGAGAGACAGGUAAAGAUCUGGUUUCAGAACAGACGUGCCAAAGAGAGAAAAAUAACCAGAAAGAAGCUGCAGCAUUCUCAGCAAGCCUCCACCACUACACCUACACCACCAGUGCUCGGUGGAACCACUGACACCCACAUCAGCCCCAGCACCAGCAACAUCUUGUCUGACAAGAUAUCAGAGGAAUACUAGAUGGAUUUCAUAGGCAAGACUGAUACGGAAUAAAAUAUGUACAUAGUGUUUUCUGAGUUUACCACAGUGAAUAAUGAAUACACCAAUGAAUAAUGAAACUGAUUCACGUGAACAUGAUGUUGUAAUGCUGCACAUUCUGCCUUUCGCAAUGACAAGCACUUCACGCCUGACGCACUGAUCAUUUCUAGCGGGCAUCUGCCAGUUCCAGGACUUUAAUGUGUUAAUAUGGUUUUAAAGACAAAAAAAUCACUGGGUAACAUAUCGCCUGUAAAACUUACAUGUCCUCUUCAAGAAAUGUUUGUUAAAGCCACAGUGAAAAACCAGUUUCACAAGUUCGUUUUUCUUUAACACAAAGGAUGUUGAAAUCUGCCUGACUUUUGGUUUAUGUCUUGUGGUUGAUUUUGAGACAGCAGAUGUCCAUGUGUAGUCAAAUGUCAUUUAAAUUUAUCAGAAAUGGGGGGGGGCAGGGGGGUAACAUAAUACGUGGGAACGUAAUUUUUCACAUUUAUACUUAAAAUAUGUGUUCAUUUUAUGUAUUUAUUUCUUCUUUUUUUUAAGCAAAUGUGUUUAAAAUGACAGUGGAAUAAGAUGAUCAGCGCUUAGCCACAUCCUGAAGAAAACAGCUGCCUCAUGAAUCAUAACAUUUAUAGUCAAUGUAACACUAAAACCAUACAUUUUAAGUUGGAAAAAAGUCUCCCCUUUUUUUCUGUUCGUUUCAGACUCAUGGACCGUAUGUUUGAAAUGUUUCUGUGUGUCAAAUUUGUCACUGUACAUGUAACAAAUGUUAACAUGCCGUCUUUCCUUCCUUUUUGUCAGCCACAAAAGAGGAAGAAAAAGUAGAAACUGUAAAUUUAGUCCUGACCAGAGUCAGCAAGACAUUUCAAAAUAAACCAGUCUACCAAUA